AUGGACUAUAGUGCCAGAAAGCAAAAAGCAUUUCCUUCCAAAGAAACGACUCUCUCUUACUGGAUUGGAGAGGCCGAAGCUAAGCUUGCUAAGCAUCGAACAACGGAAGAACUACCCGAACAGUCUGAUGUGCUGAUCAUCGGAUCUGGCCUCAGCGGAGCUUCGGUGGCAUUCAAUCUGCUUGAGCAGACAGAUGAGAAGGUAUUGCUGCUAGAAGCUCGUGAUGUCUGCUCUGGGGCUACGGGAAGGAAUGGUGGACACAUGCGGAGCUACUAUCAUCACGAUCAGUACGAAUUCUCGAAAAACUACGGGCAAAAGGUUGCCGCACACAUUGCCAUAAAAGAGCAUGAAAACACUUCGUUUGGGGUCUACACACCUACAUCCUCUGUGUGGCCGUACAAGCUAGUCUGCGGUCUUCUCGAAAUUGCUCUUUCCAAAGGGUUGAACCUACAAACAAACACUGCUGUCGAGGAGCUGGAAUGUCUUGAGGACAAUACUUGGCUGGCGAAGACGCCACGUGGACACGUGCAUGCGAAGAAAGUUGUGAUCGCCACCAAUGCUUACACGAGAGCUCUUUUGCCGGACUUCUGGGGCAAGAUCACGCCUGUCAAAGGCGUGGUCUCUCAUCUCCAAACAGAAUCAAACAAGACUCUUGAGACCAACAUGGUUCACACAAUACCCGUCGAGAUCGACUACAUCAGCGUUCAAGACGAUGGGUCGCUGAUAGUUGGAGGCGGCGGCCAAACAUACAAAACAUCUCCAAACCGAGAAAUGAUGGUUGACAAUGCAGACGACUCUUACUUUCCAGAAGAGACUAGGCAACACUUUUCGGAACAAGUCUGGCAGACGCUAGAUUUGUCAACGACUACACGUGGACUGGGUGUAUGGGCUUCACAGAAGACGGGUUUCCUUUUGUUGGUGACUUGA